AUGAUCAUUGUGAAGUCCAUUCGAGGCAGCGAAACAGACGGCCCACCUUUAAAUGACCAUGAAAGGGAAGGACAAUCGUUUGAGAGUGGCCAGAUCUCUAUUGUUGGCAAGAUUAUGUUUAUUAGUGGAAGUCCUGAUGUUGUCAAACUUAACAUGGGAGGAAAGUCGAGGAUUAUUGAUUCAUUCCAAUCAGAGGAAGAAAGAGAAUCUGGCUUUGGUAUUAGAUGGAGAGGUUAA